GAUUUACCAAAUGCAAUGAAUGCUGCAGAGAUAACAGAUAAAUUGGGGUUACACAGUUUACGUAACAGAAACUGGUACAUUCAAGCAACAUGUGCUACUAGUGGAGAUGGACUUUAUGAAGGACUUGACUGGAUGUCAAACCAACUAAAAAAUGCUAAAUGAUCAAUAUAUAUUCAUUAAAGCUAUAUGUUUAAUAACUUGUGUAUAUUUUGUUGGAUAAGUCUUGGAGAUAAAUAUCAGAAAUGCAGAAAUAAAUGGAAUUGUUAUAAUGGAUAUAAAAAAAUUCCACAUGUGUAAAUGAGGAUCAUAUAUGUGAAAACUUAUGUUAUGAACUUGUAAAGAAUAUCUUCUGUUUUGUGCUAGUAUUGAGAUUUUCUUAUAAAUAUGAGCCAGGGUUUAAACAAACAUAAAGUGUAAGAAGUUUUUGCUUUUAAUUAUCAUUACAAUUUCAUUUGGUUAAGUUAUAUCUUCAAAUGUAAAAGCUGUAUUGUUUUUUUUUUUCUUCAGCAUAAAUAUAGUUGCUGAAUUAAUAUUAAACAUUAUUAUUUUGUAUGUCAGGAGUUAUAUUGAUAUUUUGAUCUACAGAUUUGACCUUUCUCAGGUCUAGCUGGGUUUUACAUCACUUCAAUAAUUUACGAGUCGAGUGGAUGGACAAACUAGAAAGUUAGGGGUCCAGGCCUAAAGUUUAGGUGUUCAAAAUUAUAUAAACUGAAAAAAGACAAAACAAGACCAUUCAAUUUUGCUCAAAAUGAUUAUGGUUAUAAUGUGUCAUCAUUUUUAGCUUUACUAAAUUACUUUUUUUGGAAAAAAAGAAUAAUGAAAAAAGAGGAAUUGUUACAGUCAUGUUGCCAUUGCUGUGUGCAAACUUUAACCUCGAUCAUAACUUUUUAAGUCCUUAGUGUAUUGUCUUCAUACUUGGCCUCUACCACCUUUGGGACAAGGCCUUCAAGUAGACCUGUCUGGACCUUCAUUCAUAAAUGACCUUUACCUUCAAGGUUGAAUGUUUAAAUUUUACUUGAUUUUUCCUAUUAGUAGCUCAAGAUGAGCUUGUAUGAUCACAGUUUGUUCAUCGUCCGUCAGUGUGUCUGUGCAUCUGUCAUCCUUUUUAUAUACAAAAACUCCUCAGAAACCACUGGGCCAAAUUUGAUGAAAUUUUCCUGGAAUGUUCCUAGCAUGAAGCUCUACUAAAAUUGUUCAAAUGGUUCUGCUCCGUCAGAAGGGCUAAAAAUAGAUUUUUGAAAUGAAAUCUUAAAAGAAAGUGCAAUGUCUAGAGCAUAGAUAUUUUGUGUGUAGCAUUAUCUCAUGAAACUCUACAAAAGUUGUUCAAAUUUUUGAUUUUCCUUACAUGUACAGUCAAACUUGUCGUAUCUGACCUUCCAUUGGACUAUCCAAAAAAUGUCACUACUAAUCCAGGUCAAUAAAAAGUUUGUUUUACUUUAUGAAAGUUUGCAUAUUCUUUGAUUGUUUUGUUUGUUGAACAAUAAUUUGUGUAAUUCAAUUAAUUACAGUAAAGCGUUUUCAAUAAAGAUGUUGACAUGUUUAUUUUAAAAUUAACAUGUUUGUUUAUCAUGUUUAUAAGAUGAAAACCAUGAAAUAUUUGAAAUGUUGAUCUGACAAUGUGGAACAUGAAAUAAAUACUAGUUUAAGUCUUUAAUUUAAUUAAAACAUUUAUAAAAAUCGUGAAAUUACUUGUCUGGUCAUCUUUCAUUUCAUGAAAAUCAAGCAUUAUUUUAUUUUGCACAGAAGUACAAAUGUAGCUCAGAGUCCUUGUCAAAAAGUGAAAUAUCCUAAAAAAAAUUCCCUUAACUCAAUAUGCACUAAAUGAUCCCUCUUGUUAUGACAGCCAACAUCACAGGAACGUAUGUAAUGUUAUAGUGAUGCAGCUCAGAUAUAAGUCAGAGAGCUGUGAAAAUACACGAUAAUUGCUAAUUGACUUGAUUGAUACCUCGAGCGUUGUUGUGUUCAUCAAUGUGUUAAGUGCGAAAAACAUCUUAUUCCAAUUGAUAUUGACCGUGACAAAUGUACAAAAAGUUGUUAAAUAAAGCUAUAUAUGAACUACGGGACGCAAAAUUCAAGGUCGUUAGUUGUCAGAUAGAGUCAUUUAAUUCAGUGACUACAUAGUGAUUAACGUUGGGCGGUCUGAAGUAGGGUCGUAUAUGACAGGAAGUUGUUUAAAUCAAUGAGUUGCUAUGGGAAGUUAGACUAUAUAGUAAAAACUUAAAUAAUCUUUCCUCUUAAUUGACAAAGGUUAGAAGUAAGAUAUUUGGCAAUUACAUAAUUUAAACAAUCUUGGUAGAUGUCCACUACACAAUGUUUCAUGCCAAAUAUCCCCCAACCCCUUGGGGGGUCAUUGAUUUUCAUUAUGUACAUAUAGUAAAACUUAGAAAAUCUGUAAAGUGCAUUGCCUAGAGCUCAAAUAUUUUGUGUGUAUCAUCAUCUCGUGAAGCUCUACAAAAAUUGUUCAAAUUAUAGCCCUGGGGUCAAAAUUGGCCUUGUCCCAGAGGGUCAUUGAUUUUCCUUCUAUGCAUAUAAUUUUUUUUUUAAAAGACCUGAAUUAACAAAGGCUAGAGGACAGAUAUAUGACAUGAAACAUUGUGUAGUGGAUCUCUACCAAGAUUGUACAAAUUAAAGCCCUUGUGUCAAAAUUGGCCCCACCCUGAGGGUCAUUGAUUUUCAUUAUGUACAUAAAGCAAAAAAUUAAAAAAUAUUCUUUUAAAAAAUCAAAUAGCUAGAGUUUACAUAUUAAGCAUGAAAUAUUUUCUAGUGAGUGUCUACCAAGUUUGUUCCAAUAAAAGCCCUGGUGUCAAAAUUGGCCCGCCCGGGGACUCGUUGAUUUUCUUUAUAUUAAAAUAGUCAAAACAAAAAAAGGCUUCUUUUGAAAAACCCAAAGAGAUAGAGCUUAAAUAUUUGGCAUGAAACAUCUUCUAAUGGUUUUGUUCAAAUAAAAGCCCUGGGGUCUAAAGUGGCUUCCCCCAGGGGCUCAUGGAUUUUCUUUAUAUUUAUAUAGUAAAAAACAAAAAAAAAGGCUUCCUUUAAAAAAACGAAACUGAUAGAGCUUAUUUAGCAUGAAACAUCUUCUAGUGUCUACCAUUUUGUUCGAAAAUAAAAAAAGCCCUGGGGUCAAAAUUGGCCCUGCCAAGGGGGUCAUUGAUUUAUUUACAUGCAUAUAGUAAAAACAAACAAAAAAACCUUAAAAAGACCCAAAUAAACAAGAAUUCUGACUCGGGUGAGCGAUUUAGGACCAUCAUGGCCCUCUUGUUCUGUUACUAAACAUAUUUAUGUAUUUUGAUGCAUUCCAAGUUUUACAUCAAAUGAUCAUUGUUACACGGUAUAUUAAUAAGCUUGGUUUAACAAUUUUUUUGUUUAUAUCUCUGUAAAUGUUGUUUUCUUGAAUGGUCUUUCAUCUUUCUCUUGUCCUUUCUUUUUACAGUAAUGAAAUUGAUUUUAAACUAGUAUAAUAUUAUUAUAUUAAUCUCGUUAUAAUACUAGUAAAUGUAUUUGGAAACCUUGAUCCCCCAUGUUUUAUUAUUGUAAAGCCAGUAAAAUUUACUAUUUAUAAGAUUAGAAUAAUUCUCAUAUUCUCAUUAUAUUUCGGGGUUUAUCCCUCUGGAAAUUUUUUUUUUAAGUCAAGCUGUUGUGAUUAAUUUCAAACAAAAUUUGAUCAAAAUAUUGGUAAACAUUUGAAUGAAAUACUUGGUAAACAUUGGAAUGAAAUACUUGGUAAACAUUGGAAUGAAACCCUUGAUUUAAAUUUCUAUAGCCGAAUUCAUAAUUUUUUAGCAAAUGUCUAAAGUUGAGACCUAUAUUUAUUGGCAUUUUAAAUUUUAAAAUCUGGUGUAUUAACAUUAAAUUUCUUGUGACAAAAUUAAUCAUUGUAAGGGUUCAAGUCGUGUUGGCUUAAGGUGGGUUUAUUUUUUUUCAAUAAAAGCAGUGAGUUGAAACUCACUAAAUUCUGUUGUAUAUUAUUUAUUUUCUGAAACUAUUGACAUGAAAUAAAAUUCAGUAAAUGUG